GCGUAGAACAUACUUCUUAUACCCAUUAUUGAAAACAAGUUCAUUUCAACCUAGUUAGUGCAUACAUUGAUUUCCAAAACUUCCUAUAUCGUUUCAUUUGGAAAGUUUGAGUGUUACUUGUAGGAAUACGCUUCUAUUCCUAACAUUCUUUCUGUUUACUAAAGACCGGUAUCUUUACACACUUUAGGUUUUAUAGAAUGGCAAUGUCAAACAUUGACGCCGAUGAAGUCAAUUUAGACAGCAGUAUGGAGCUAGAUGAAAACUCUCAAGAACCUCUGCGGGCGGAUAACUUUGAAGAAAUUUAUAAUUCUCUCGUACAAGACGAACCUGACUUGGAAGAAGAAACCCAUGUCUCUUAUGCGUGGAUUGUAAAAGACUUCAGUAAGCUCAUCGAGAAAACAUAUAGCCCUAUUUUUACGGCAGGUGAUAGUGCGUGGCGUCUGGUUUUAUUUCCCAAAGGCUGUAAUCAGACUGAAUAUGCCUCUGUGUUCUUAGAAUACUUACCUCAAUGUAAGGUCGAUGCGAUAAAGCAAGAAGAAAAAGAAAUUGCCGAGGGAAAAGAAGUUACUGUUGAUUCAGAAAUCGUAACUGACGAGACCUAUUCUUGUUGCGCACAGUUCGCUCUCUCCUUGUCCAACGUACGAAACCCUGCAGUCAUGCAAAUCAAUACCUCUCAUCAUCGUUUUCGUUCAGAAGUAAAGGAUUGGGGAUUUACUCGAUUUGCCGAUCUUCGCAAAAUAGGUGUUCCAAAUUCUGAUUUUCCAGUUCCUUUCCUUGAGGAUGACCAGUUUUGUAUUUCUGUAACCGUCCGCGUUUUAAAAGAUCCCACUGGUGUUCUCUGGCAUUCCUUUGUCAAUUAUAACUCUAAAAAAGAAACUGGUUUUGUCGGAUUAAACAACCAAGGUGCGACUUGCUAUAUGAAUUCCCUUCUUCAGUCCUUAUAUUUUACCAAUGUUUUCCGGAAAACUGUUUAUAAAAUCCCCACUGACAGCGAUGAUGCAAAGGGUAGUGUUGCUUAUGCUCUUCAGCGUGUUUUCUAUAACUUAGAAAAACAAAGAGAAGCUGUUAGCACCAACGAACUUACGCGAUCGUUUGGUUGGAAUUCAUUUGAUUCCUUCAUGCAGCACGAUGUGCAAGAGUUUAAUCGAGUAUUACAGGAUAACCUCGAAAAGAAAAUGAAAGGGACUGAUGUUGAAAAUGCACUUAAUGACAUUUUCGUUGGAAAAAUGAAAAGCUAUGUGAAAUGCAUUGAUGUCAAUUAUGAGUCAUCCCGUGUUGAAGAUUUCUGGGAUAUUCAACUAAAUGUCAAGGGUAUGGCUACCUUGGAGGAUUCUUUUCGUGAUGCUAUCCAAGUUGAAACUUUAACUGGUGAUAAUAAAUAUUAUGCUGAAGGCCAUGGUUUACAGGACGCGCAUAAGGGUGUCGUAUUUGAGUCUUUUCCUAAUGUUUUACAGUUGCAACUGAAGCGCUUUGAUUACGACAUGUUACGAGAUAUGAUGGUUAAAAUAAAUGAUAGGCACGAGUUUCCUUUGGAAAUUGACCUAGAGCCUUAUCUUUCAGACACUGCAGAUAAAUCUGAAUCCCACGUUUAUUGCCUGCACGGGGUCCUUGUUCAUGGUGGUGAUCUUCAUGGUGGCCAUUAUUAUGCUUUAAUCAAGCCCGAAAAGGACAGUGGAUGGUUCAAGUUUGAUGAUGAUCGAGUAACUCGUGCAACAUUAAAAGAAGUACAGGACGAUAAUUUUGGGGGUGAGUCUUUGAAUAAACCGAAAGGUUAUACCGGAAACCCGUUUAAGCGCUUUAUGAAUGCAUAUAUGCUAGUCUACUUUCGUAAGAGCCGUCUUGAUAAAAUUCUUUCUCCAGUUACUACUGAAGAUGUACCUUAUCACGUAAGAGCUUCGUUAGAUGAAGAGCACCGAAUCAUGGAAAAAAAGCUUCAAGAACGCGAAGAGCAAUAUUAUUACCGAAAGGUUCGCCUGCUGACUAUAGAUGGAUUCCGAAACCACCAUGACUACGACAUGGCUGACUUUUCUAAGGCCACCAAAGAGGAUGAUCAUAAUCUGUUGACAACCAGAGUAAAAAGAAAUGCCACAAUUUUGGAUCUUUAUAACCACGUCGCUUCCAUAUUGAAGCGUGACUCAACCUCAAUUCGCUUAUGGAUGAUGACCAAUCGCCAAAAUAGGACAGUGAGAGUGGAUCUGCUUUUCGACAAAAAGGGAUUACUCGUCGAUCAAAUUUGUGACACGCACAUUCGUAAAGACGCUGAUUUGCGUAUUUACGCUGAAUAUGUCGAUGACAAACAGGAGUUAUCUCACGAAGUUGUUGAUGAAACAUCUGCUUUUAUCUUUUUAAAGUAUUUCGAUUACCAAAAACAAAGCAUUUCCGGUGUUUUCAGCGUGCAUGUUGAAAGGGAUAGCCCCAUAUCUGAUCUUUCAGAUAUUGUUUGCAAGAGCAUGCAUUGGCCCGAAGGUACUGCUAUUACAUAUUAUGAAGAAAUCAAGACUGGAAUGGUGGAUAUACUAGAUACAAAUUCUAGUUUCUUGAAAUCUGAAAUUCAAGAUGGCGAUAUUAUUUGUUUUGAGAAGAAUGAUAAAUCACCAGAAGUUCCUCACCAGCAAUUUAGUAGUGCUUUGGAUUUAUAUGAUUUCUUGGCUCAUCGUUUAACUGUUACUUUUGAGCCUCGGAAUGGAGAAGAAUCUGAUGGAACCUUUGAUUUGGAGUUAACAACGCAUACUACCUACAAUGAAAUGGCUCAAGCGGUAGGUAAAGUACUCAAUACUGACGCUGGUUAUUUACAGUUUACUUUGGCUCAUUUGCCUUCGAGGACACCUAGAACUGUGAUUCGUAACCCUUCAAAAUUUACUUUACAAAAUGCAAUUCCUUAUACUUAUGCCAAUGACCAACAUAUUGUCAUGUUUUAUGAAGUAAUGGAUCUUAGCCUUAGUGAGCUUGAACAUAAACAAUUAAUUCAGGCUUACUUUAUUUCUGAUGGAAUAACCAAAACGAACAAAUACGAUUUUUACGUAAAUAAAGACGGAUCUGUCAAAGAUAUUCUUCAACAAGUUGCCGUAAAGGCUGGACUAGGAAAUGAAAAGGUUGAAGAUUUGCGCCUUUAUGAAGUUUACAAUCACAGAAUCCUCAAAGCACAUAAUCUUUCGGAUAGUCUUUUUGAUUUAACCGAAUUUGCUACAAUUUACGUUGAAGCUACCUCUAAAGAAGAGGAGCUAGAGCUUUCCGAACAGAAUGGGAUUUCUAUAAUUGUUCAACAUUUCAGUCGAGACUUAUCUCGUCUCCACGGGAUUCCUUUCUAUUUUACCCUACUUCCUGAUGAAGAUUUAGGUAGCAUGAAGAAGCGUCUUCAGAAGCGAUUAGGUUUCAAGGAUGCCCAAUUCGCCAAGAUUAAGCUUGCUGUAUUACAAGCUCAAUCUUUGGGAAAACCAUAUUAUUUGAGUGAUGAUAGUGAAGUGCUUUAUGGAGAAUUUGAUCCUGAAUCCCAUAUACUUGGCUUGGAUCAUCCUGCUCCUAGCUCAGCUGGUCACGGCAUGGAUCAAGCUAUUCGUAUGAGAUAAUAUUUGUACCAAUCUGAAUGCGGAAGUUCAUUCAAUGUUGUUCCUUGAUAGAAGUGAGAAGCUCAUUUUGUUUAAUGAUAUAUACCUAGAAUUUCUUUUCAGUGUUUUUUUUUCUUUUUCAAUAACCAUUCUGGAUUCCGAAAUUUUUUAUCGUUUUAGUCAUAUGUUAAACAGUUAUUUACUUUAUUACUUACUAAAUUUGUAAUGAAAAUAUGAUAUCCUGUUUUGGCAUUGAUAUGCAAUGU